AUGUCAAGAUUUACAGAACACUUUGAUAUUUACGUUGAUCCAUCUGCCAUUGUCUAUUCAUCUACACUCACAUCACCUUCUAAAGCAUCCUUUUCAUCUACAUCCACUUAUUCAUCAAGAAGUGCUGUAGAUCCCUAUGAUCCAUUUAAUUCAACUACUACUACUUCAACAACAACAACAACGAUUAAUGAUGCAUCACCAAACAAGCUAAAACGAUUCUUUACGACCAUUUCAAAAAAGAAACGCUCCAUUCCUUUUAGUGAACCAAUCAAGAUGGACAAUGACGCUGAACAUAUGGCUUAA